GAACGAGCAGCACAAAGGAGAAGUGCAGAAAGUGCAGAAAGUGAAGUGAAAGGAUAACAGAGACAAUCAAUAAAUAAACUACAUAAAGGAGUAUCGAGAGAAGGGAAACACGCAUUGCCCCCCAGUGGAUUAUUAUUUAUAAUUGAAAACAGACAAAAGACACUCCUCCUCCACACACAAUGAGAAUGCGAGAGGGUCUGAUGGCAGUUCUGCUGCUGGCCACCGCCACACUGGCCGCCGAUUGGGGCAACGAGUGGGCGCCCAUGGAGUCUGCCAUGCCCAGCAGACGCUCCGUGGACACAAAAGACGCCGCUGGAGGGUCAGAGACGGAGGUGCAGGGCCGCUACCUGGUGCACGAGUCCAUCCAGAGCAACAGCACCUCGGAGAUCGACACGAUCAUCGAGCAGCUGCUCAACUCCCGCCGGGAGGGACGCAACCUGGGGGAGUACGACGCCGUCUAUGCCGAUGGCAACAUCGACCAGGCCCUGCAGCAGGGCAACGACAUGCAGGCGCGUAACCUCAUCCGCGACAAGCUCUGCGGACUGGGUCUAAUGAGCUGCGAGAUCGAGGAGAAGCGUCCAUUCUACUCCACCAUCUACGCCCAGGGUCCACCUCCGCCGUCUGGCUACAGCGGCGGUCCCUAUGGGCCAGCCAAGCCAAUGCCUCCUCCGGGAUACUUUGGUGGACGUCCGCCCAUGGGUCCUCCUCCCAGUUCCCUCAACUCCUUCGGACCACCGCGCAAGGUCGGCUACGAGGGACCCUACAAACCCAUGUCCGGACCCUACAGACCCAGCGGACCAGGCGGCCAGUUCGGAGGCCAAUACCUGGAGCAUCCUCCUCCGUCGGCCAUCGAUGGUUCUCUGGAUGGAAUCACCUACACGAAGCCCCCACCCGGAGCCCUGAUCUACGACAGCAAGCCACCAGGACCCAUCUAUCAAGGUGGUCCCAAUGGUGGCCCCGUCUACAAUGGUCCCUCCUCGAACCUCAACUCAAACUCGAACGGUCUGCCACCCUACAACUAUGAGAACCCCGAGGGUGGCAUCCAGGGCUCACCCUCCUCCCUGAACGGCUUCUACUCCUCGCAGCAGUCCUCCUCCUCCUCUUCGGCAGCCACUUCCUCCAGCACCAAGGUCGUCGUUGGGGCUCCCAUCGAUGCGGGUCUCCAGCAACACGUGCACCACCACUACCACCACGUCGAGGGCACGGAGGGAGUCAAGGUACCCAGCGUUCCCAUCCCCAUCAGCUCCGGCCAGACGAUCAACACGGACUUCAGUGCCCUGGCCCAGUCCUCGGCCACGUACACGCCCCAGGCCUCCUCCUCCGGCUCCUACUCCCAGUCGAAUGCCUUCAACGCUGGCUUCAAUGGCGCCUCCCAGGGCGGACUCCUGUCCCAGGGCGCGCAGAGCGGUUUCAGUGGACUCUCCCAGAAGCCAGGUCUCUCCGGUGACAUCUACAAACCCAACUCGGGAUUGAGCAGCUUCGGCGGCAACUCGGGAGGCUUCGGCCAGAACGGCUUUGGAUCGUCGCCCAGCUCCAGCUACCACAGCCAGAACCCCGACUACUACAAGAAGGAACUGCAGACAGGAGCCUCGAACAAUUACAAUGGCAUCUCCGGUGGAUACCAGGGACAGGGACAAGGACAGUACCAGGGACAAGGGCAGGGUGGCUAUGACACCUCCCGCCAGCAGAUCGUCGACUGCCAGUGCGUUCCGUUCAACCAGUGCCCCGCUGCCGAUCGCAUUGGCCGCAAAGAGGAUCUGAUUCUGCCCAUCGAUCCCCGCAAUCUGGGCAAGGACAUCGAGGCACUCAGCGAGGAUGCGCCCGCUGGCAAUGCCACCGCCAAGGCAGACACCAAGAAGGACGAGAAGCAGGACAAGGAUGAGAAGAAACGCACUCGCCGGCAGGCCAUCUCCGAUGACCAGAAGGACCAGGAUGACAACAGCGAUCUGUCGCUCGAUGCUCAAGGGCGCCAGGGGCUACCGCUCGGGCAAUCUCCCUUGGCCCUGCCCGCCCUGCAGGCCAUCGAGCUGAUCCAACGGAAAGUUCUGCCCACCUACGGCGUGUCCUUUGGCCUGCCCUACCCCAGUGGGGCAUACGGCGGCUAUCCGGUGAAUGUCCUGGGCGAUCAGUAUCCCGCGCAGAAUCCCAACUUUGGCUCCCUGGGCCCGAAUGGCCUCAAUCUGGGUCUGGUGAAUGUCAAUCCGCUGGUGUCCGUGCAGGUGGCCAAGACGGACUACGGGGAGAAGGUGGUGAAGCCGCUGGUCAACCUCCAUGUCACUCCCAAUGCGAAUCUCAUCCAGAAAGUGGGCGACUUCUUCAAGCGAAAGCCCAACGAGGUGCACAGCACACACUACCAUCACCACGAUCACUUCAGCGGCUACGAGCACCACGACUACGAUCACCAUGAGCACCACGAUCAUCACGAUUUCCACGAUUACGAUCAUCAUCACUAUGGGGGAUACAGUGGAUCGCCGGGGCCACACUUCAGUGUCGAAAUGGUGCCGAGUACUCCGAUCUUCGAGUACCACAGCGGCCCCUCAGCGCCCAGCUACCAGCACGAGUCUCCUCCAUCUGCCUACGAGAGCUCCUACAACUCUGUGUAUCCCGGCUCCAGCCCGGACUUUGGCUCGAGUGGCUUUGGCGGCUACGGGGAGUACUCCCAGCAUGUGGAGAGGAGUGUCAAUGUGAGCGCUGAGCCAUCAGCCACGAGACGGGGCAAACAACUGCACCUGGGACCCCUGUACAACAUUCCCACGCCUGCCCCAGGCGCGGCACUUGGCAGUGAUUAUGUCUCCUUUCCAAGGGACCGCAGGAGGAGGAGCGUUGAGCAGUCGAGGAAGCGUCGUAGUGUGUGGGAGAGUACAGCCGAGGAGGAGCGCGCUUACUAUGGCAAUCGUCCCGUGGAGAAGACUUGCCGCGCGAAUGAGGUGUGCUGCCGUCGUCCAGUGCGUCCCCAGGCACCGCCCCAGCAGCAGUUGGGUCGCUGUGGUGUGAGGAAUGCCGCUGGCAUCACGGGCCGCAUCAAGAACCCCGUCUACGUCGAUGGCGACAGCGAGUUCGGCGAGUAUCCCUGGCACGUGGCCAUCCUGAAGAAGGACCCCAAGGAGUCGAUCUACGCCUGCGGCGGCACCCUCAUCGAUGCCCAGCACAUCAUCUCCGCUGCUCAUUGCAUUAAAUCUCAAAAUGGCUUCGAUCUUCGUGUCCGCCUGGGCGAAUGGGAUGUCAAUCACGACGUGGAGUUCUUCCCCUACAUUGAGCGCGAUGUCGUCUCCGUGCACAUCCAUCCCGAGUACUAUGCCGGCACCCUGGACAACGAUCUGGCCAUCCUGAAGCUCGACCAGCCCGUGGACUUCACCAAGAACCCGCACAUCAGCCCCGCCUGCCUGCCCGACAAGUACUCCGACUUCACCGGCGCCCGCUGCUGGACCACUGGCUGGGGCAAGGACGCCUUCGGCGAGCACGGAAAGUACCAGAACAUCCUCAAGGAGGUCGACGUGCCCAUCCUCUCGCACCACCAGUGCGAGGCUCAGCUGAGGAACACCCGCCUGGGCUACAGCUACAAACUGAAUCCCGGAUUCGUGUGCGCCGGCGGCGAGGAGGGCAAGGAUGCCUGCAAGGGCGAUGGCGGCGGUCCCUUGGUCUGCGAGCGCAACGGAGUCUGGAAUGUCGUCGGUGUCGUCUCCUGGGGCAUUGGCUGCGGCCAGGUGAACGUUCCCGGGGUCUAUGUGAAGGUCUCUUCGUACCUUCCCUGGAUCCAGCAGAUCACCCAGAGCUACCAAUGAUUAGCGGCUGCUCCCGAGGAGGUUCCAUCGUUAACGGCCUACCAUGCGGCCACCACCAGCAUCGAAGAGCAUGCCAUAGAUGAUGCCUCCGAUGAGUUUGUUUUCCAUUUUUGAUCAGCCAUCCGUCCAGCCGUCCAGCCGUCCAUCAGCCACUUAUGCAACACUCUCCGUAGCCUACCAUUUGCCACCAUCUUUUGUGGCAUUUGUCAUCGUAUUUAUUUUGGGACACUCCUUUCUACUCUCAUCUAUUACGAGCUCGUUUUCUUUUGUUAUUUGUUGUGCGCGAGUCGAGAGUAGGCAUCAUCCGCCAUCAUCUACCGUCCGCCCACGGCUACCCGUAAUUGUUGCUCUUUUGGAGGCACUUUUGCCUCCUCUUUUGUUGAUAUUUUGUGCACUUUGUGUCCACGGAUCGCUGUGCAUUCGAGUUCCGAUUUUGUCUUGUAAAAUAGUUAUUGCUUGUAGUGAUUAAUUUAUUUUUAUAUUUGUAAUAAAUUAAUAAUUAUGUAUUUAAAUAAAA